AUGUCGACGUUAAUUACCAUAAGGGACUAUAACGAUCUGAAUCAAUUACAACAUGCCAGUUUCAAACGUGAAUGGUGGAAUAAUAUGACACAAACACAAAAAGAAAAUCAAGAUGUUCCAAAAUAUCUAAAUACACCCGAUAAUAGAAAGAAUUUACAUACAAUAGUAUAUUAUACUUCGACAAUUGUUUUCAUAAGUUUAAGCGGAUGCUUUUAUGUAUUUUAUAGAACAUAUAAGCAAUGGAAGUUUAAUAAAUUAAGAAAAAAAUCAUUAAACAUGAUUCACAAGUUGCCGUUUUACACCGCCUGUACAGAUCUUCUUUUAAAUAUGAUUCUUUUCACAAAUAACAUACACCCAAUGAUCUACGGGUAUGCAUGGAAAGGAGCGGCUUGUGCUGUGAUUAGCAAUGUUAAUUGGUUCUUUGUUUCAAUUAAUUUGUCGUUAUACGGGACCAUAGCAAUUUUAACAUAUCUUCGAAUUUGCCGUGGAAUGUUCUUUAAUUAUGGUAAAGGCGAUUAUAAACUUUGGUCGUUGGUCUUGUUUUUAUCGGUAAUAUUUCAGAUAUUGAACUACAAAAAUCAUGGACCACGUAAAUAUUGGUGUACUGGGAGAUCAGGACAAAUAAUUUCCACCAUCAUAUUAUUUGUAUUGAUAUCUCUUACGUUAGUGAUCAUAUUAGUUUGUUACGCCAGCAUAUUAAAAGAAGUAAUGAACGUUCGAACUUCUUGUUACACCGUGUCAACAUCAACAUCAUCAGAAAAUCUUGAUGACAAUAAUGUUGAAAGUAUCAUUUUAAAAAAUCGUAUUGAAAUUGAAAAAAGAGCUUCUCAAAAAAUCAUGACAGCUAUGGGAAAGUCAAUGGGAGGAAUUGGCAAUGCAAUUCAAUACAUGAUAAAUGAAGGAAUUGUUGUUAGUGCAUCAACAGGACUCGAAACCCCAAUUAUCGAAUGUUUAGGAAUCACAAAUGAGAAUAAUACUGAUGAUGAUGUAACUGAAAUAAGCAAAGUUAAGGAUACCUAUGAUACAAAUAAUAUGGAUAAGAACGAAGAUAGCAAUAUCAUAUUAAAUAAUGAAAGUCAAAGUAACAAUAAGAUAAAUUUUAAAGAUGAUAUUAAUAAUUCACCCGAAUAG